AUGAAAGCGUCUAGGACUCAAGCAGCUCUCCCUAUUUUAAAGGCUGCCAAACGGGCUAUUUUACUGACAGGUACACCGGCCCUCUCACGACCUAUGGAACUCUACUCCCAACUCGUUGGCUUGCGGCCCAACCUUUUUCGUGGUGGUCUCCAUGAAUUCGGUCAGCGCUACUGCGAUGCCAAAGAAACUGCCUGGGGAUGGGAUUAUAAGGGAUGCUCGAAUUUGCAAGAACUUCAAAUUCUACUUCAGGAAACUGUGAUGAUUCGACGAUUAAAAAGUGAGGUGGCCAACCAACUACCUCCUAAAUCUCGUCACGUCAAAUUGCUCGAUGUAAAUCCGGUGAAGAAAUUAAAUGCUUCAAAGAAUCUCCAAUCCAUAAAUUUAGCCUCCCUGGACGUAAACGGCGUUGAAAAACACGGAGAGGUGUUGCGCUUAUUCAAGGAAACUUGUCAGUCCAAGGUUGCUUCAGUCAAACAAUACAUCACAGAUCUUCUGGAGAGUGGUCGCAAAUGCAUCAUAUAUGCUCACCAUCAGGAAAUGCUGGAUGCUCUUAGCCAACUUAUGGAAUCCAAGAAUUUCAACUACGUCCGAAUUGACGGUAGAACCUCCUCCGAUCAACGUGGGGCUUGUUGCGAUCUCUUUCAGACGUCUCCCACCUGUCGUGCUGCCCUUCUCUCCAUCACAGCUGCUUCCACUGGUCUCAAUUUAACCGCCUCCAAUUUGGUGGUGUUUGCUGAGCUUUAUUGGAAUCCAGGAGUUCUCAUGCAAGCCGAAGAUAGGGCUCAUAGAAUAGGCCAAACUGAUUCGGUUGAAAUCCACUAUCUUCUGGCCAGUGGGACAGUGGAUGAGCAAUUGUGGUCUCUGGUAAAAAAUAAACUGGAUGUUUUGAGCCAGGUUGGACUCAAUAUGGAAUCGUUUGAUAAUAUCAGUCUAACUCAUGUUAGGUCUAAGGAUGCAAAGCUUAUGGACCGGUACCUCACUACUACUACUACUACUACUACUACUGAAAAGCAUCCACAGGUGGAUGUGGCAAUAAAGUCUGAAAAAGAAAACCAACCUGAAACUAAACCUGGUGCAUCAGAGGAAAUGUCUGAGUCUAAGGAUGCAAAGCUUAUGGACCGGUACCUCACUACUACUACUACUACUACUACUACUGAAAAGCAUCCACAGGUGGAUGUGGCAAUAAAGUCUGAAAAAGAAAACCAACCUGAAACUAAACCUGGUGCAUCAGAGGAAAUGUCUGAGGAUAGUUGCAGGAAGACUAAAGCGCGUAUUUCCCUCCUACCUCCGGUUUCUUCCUCGCCUGGAAAUUGCCAAUCUGAAAGCACUGAAGUCCGAAGUAGUGAGAUUCUUGUUCCAGAAUCGCCGCCUUCGACCGAAGCCACUGAUACUUUGGACGAUGGAGCGGAUGAUUUGCUUCUCUCCGCGCUGGAAGCUGCUGUUUUGGACGAGUCCAUACUUUGA